GACCGUCAAAAACAGAGUCUUGACGCAUGUUGGCGAGCAGCAUUGGGUGCCCUAUGAGCGUUGGCUUGGGAAGAAGCCGCUUGUAGAUAUGCUGCGGGUGUGGGGCUGCAUGGGGCUUGUGAUGGUGCCAAAGGAGCAAAGGCACAAGCUUGAGGUUGCUGCAGUGUGGGCCGUCCAUCUUGGGAUGGCCCCCGACUCCAAAGGGUGGCUGAUGUGGGACCCGAGGAGUAAGAAGACCAUUGUGAGCCGCGACGUCAAGUUUGUGGAAAAUGUGAUGUACAACGACUGGCAGCACCAACAGCAAGUUCAGAUUGGACUGCGGCUGCAAGAGUUCUAGAGGUCAGCUAUGGAGGAGGUUCAGCCGCACCUUGAUGAUCGCCCUGGGUCAGAGCUGACCAGUGACCACAGUGGUGGUGACGAGCAGCCCACUGUUGGAGAUGAGCCUGAGGAGGGGCUCGAGGAUGAGUCAACGCGUGUGGACUCACCAUCAGUGCCUAUGACUGCUCCACCAGCUAGGGUCACUAAGAGGAGUGCACAGCGAGGAGCGUCAACGCAAAUGCAGCAGAGUACAACUCGUGAGAAGAGGGCAGCAGCGCCACCUUCAAGGCUAGGGUAUAGCCGCUUGGGAGGACCUAAGCAAGGUGCGAUGGCGGUUCAGGCGGAUGAGAGUGAUGAUGAGGAGAGUGCUUUCUGCUUCUUCACCACUCUACCUAGUGAUCCAGCCACACUACAUGAGGCAUGGACUGGCCCUCUGAAGGCAAAAUGGAAGCCUUCAACUGAUGAGGAGUUCAACAGUCUCAUUGAGAAUGAGACAUGGGAUCUUGUGAAUCUACCAAAGGGGUGACGAGCCAUCGGCAUUAAGUGGGUCUUUAAGACUAAGACCGGAGCUGAUGGUGAAGUGGAGCGGUACAAGAGCCGUUUGGUUGCCAAAGGGUUUGAGCAGAAGGAGAAGGAGGAUUACAAGGAAGUGUUUGCACCUGUUGCUAAAACAGGAACCUUGAAGACCUUGCUGGCCAUUGCUGCUGUGAAAGGUUGGAGUGUGAAGCAGAUGGAUAUCAUCACUGUAAUCCUGAAUAGGGUGGUGGUGGAAGACAUAUAUAUGGAGCAGCCAGUUGGAUAUGAAGAUGGGACUGGCAGAGUGUGCAAGCUUAAGAAGGCAAUCUAUGGACUUAAACAAGCUCCAAGGUGCUGGUAUGAGAAGCUAGUGGAAGUGCUCCUUGCUGGAGGCUUCAACACCUCUCAAGCUGACCACAGCUUGUUUCUGCUUGGUGAGGGGGAGCAGCAGUUGUGCUUGCUUAUCUAUGUAGAUGACAUCUUGCUGUUCUCCCCAUCCAUGGAGCAGAUUGAGAGGACCCAAAAGCUGUUGAUGGACAGCUUCAAGUGCAAGAUGCUUGGGGAUGUGCAUUACUACUUGGGGCUGCAGAUUGAGAGGGAUGUGGAAAAGAGGUGGCUGAAGAUGCACCAGCACAAGUACAUCUCUGGAGUGGUGCAGCGGUAUGGCAUUCUUGAGGGUCGUACUGUGAGGACACCUCUCCCUGCAGACUUCAAGCUGAGGAAGCCCACUGAAGACGAUGUGGUACUUGAGGAGGAGGAGAUGGAGUACCAUUCUCUGAUCGGGAGUGUCAUGUAUGCAGCAGUUCAGACAAGACUCGAUGCUUCUUUUGGAGUGGGUCAGCUUGCGAGGGUUGUGCAACAACCCACUGCUGAACACUUGGAGGUUGCAAGGAGAAUGGUACGCUACCUUGGAUCUACAACAUCUGCUGGAGUUCAGUUUUCUAUGGCUGGACAACUAAAGCAACCUGGAGCUGAAGGGGUGAAGCCCGGAUCUUUGAAGCUUACAUGCUUUACCGAUGCGACAUGGGCCUCGGAGGAUGAAGACUGCUCAUCCAUUGGAUGCUUUGUUUGCAUGAUUGGAGGAGGUCCAGUAAGCUGGAGGUCAAAGAAACAAAGUGAGAUCGCUCAGUCUUCAGCAGAGGCGGAAUAUAUGGCUUUGUACCAUGGAAUUAACGAGAUCGUGUCCCUGCGGAAGCUUUUGGAAGAUAUUGGCGAGAAGCAGGAUGGCCCUAUGCCACUAUUCACAGACAGCAAGGGUGCUAUUGGGAUGGCCACUAAUCCGAUCCUGAAUGGCCUCCAUAAGCACAUGAAAAUCAAGUGGCACUGGGUGCGGCAGAUGGUGAAGGAAGGGGUUGUGGAACUUCACCAUGUGAAGGCAAGCAAGCAGGCGGCUGAUUUCCUAACGAAGCGUCUUCCUGAAGAUGCACACUGGAAGUGUGCUAAGAUGUGUGGAAUGGCAUUGCACUAGAUGUUCCAAUGCAUGAAUGUGAUGGCAUGGGCUUGGUUGGAUGAAAGAUCAUUUCCACAUGCAUGUGUGUGCAUUCCAUUAGUCUGAGGGGGAGUUUGUUAAUUGCACAUCAGCAUGAGUGCAUAUCAUCCUAAUGUCCUGCCGUAUGAUCGUCUCAUUCGUGCAUGCAUGUGUGCAUGAGCAUAUAUCACAUUGCUCGCCAUCUUCGAUAUUCUCAUCAUCCUGAUUUUCUCCCAAGAUUGAAUGCAUGGAAAAUGCAGGAGAAAGCGUGAGCAUUCCAACGACCCCAAGAUCGCCCCAAUCCGACCGAUGUUUCCGAAGUUACAAGAAUUCCAAGAUUGGAAGUUCUAAUGACAAAUGCUAUACCUCGGGUAUCUCAUGGGUCUUAUAAUGGGGAUCUUGUGGUUAGAUGGUUGGGGAGAAAACUUUGACUUUUGGUUGGGGUGGCUUGGUUGCUACAAGCCAAAAUAUGCAAGUGUUGCAAAUGUUGCAACAUCUUGCCAAAUCCAAUCUCUUUGGAUUUGGCAUGUGUCCUCACAUGGGCAACUUGGAGAGGGGCCUAUGGUGUGCUUCUAGGAAGGUUCUAAACCAUUCCUAGACAUCAGGAAACCUUGUUUCCCUUCCAGGGCCCUCUUAGAGGUCUGAACCCCGAACCAUGUCUAUAUGGUUGUGUGUCUUGCAAGUUCUAUCUAC